UGACCGUUAUGACGUUUACCGGUCAGGCACGACGGGGUUUCCUCUAAGUAAAGUACAGGGGUCCUCCGAGCGGGUUUCGGUAACAAAGCAGGCUCCAAAAUGUCGGGAGAGGUGUAUCUCCUGUGGCUCCUCUCGCUUUUACAAACGCUGUCGGCGUACGGUGCCGAGUUGUCCUCGGAGGCAUGCAGGGAGCUGGGUUUCUCCAGCAACCUGCUGUGCAGCUCCUGUGACCUGCUCGGGGAAUUCAGCCUCACUAAGCUCCAGCCCGACUGCCGGCACUGCUGCCAGCAGGAAGCCCAGAUGGAAGCGCGCAAGCUUUAUGCUGGAGCCAUCCUGGAGGUGUGUGGAUGAAAACUGGGGAGGUUCCCUCAAGUCCAAGCUUUUGUCAGGAGCGAAAAGCCGAAGAUGUUCAAGGGUCUUCAGAUCAAGUACGUGAGAGGCUCAGAUCCUGUACUAAAGCUUUUGGACGAUAACGGGAACAUCGCUGAAGAACUCAGCAUCCUCAAGUGGAACACAGACAGCGUGGAGGAGUUCCUAAGUGAGAAAUUAGACCGGAUAUAGACACAAGUCCAAUUUUUUUCUUCUUUUUUUUCUUUUUAAGUCUUUACCGAAAGGGUCAGUUCCUCCACAUUACAAAAAAAAAAGCACACUUUACUACUCAUAGUUCUUUUAUGCAGCUUUGCACAUAGAGGCUGGGAGAUGCCAGUCUCUGAGAUCUGUGCCUCCUCUUUCAGGUGGAUUAAAUUUUGUUUGUGGUGCUCACAGCGCUGAAAAAAUGACAUUUUAAAAUAUUCAUCAGCAGCUCAUCUCUCCUGGAACUGUGUCCUGAUUACUGUAGAUGAACCACCUAACACACUGUCAGCAGUAUUCACUGGAACUGCUUUAUACUGAAUAGCUCAAAUGAAAACUGACAAACAGGGAAACUGUUUGUGGAAAGCUGCGCAGCUGUAAAUGCAACUUUCCAACGUUUUAGGGACCACAAAUGAAAUUCCGUUCACCUCCGUUGAAUUUGUGUUGCAGCAAACAUUUCAAGAGACACAUCAUCUUAAAACUUGAGCAAAGUAAAACGAAAACUUCUCUGCAUGGUUAGAGAGACUACAGGGGCAAGUUUGAAAAUGUUUUCUUGUGAUGUGGGUGAAGUGACCCUUCAGUUAUUUACCAAUUUGUACACAACUCGGCCUUGAUAGAUGGUUGACUCCUCUCUUUGACUGUUUUUUUUUUUUUUUGUAUCUGAAAAUCAUGAAUUUCUUGUCUGGAUUUUACCAAAUAACUUAUGUGAGUGUGUGAAACGACAUAAUCACUGAGGCCAGAAGGGCAGUACACACACGAAAUAACGCUCAACAUGACGGAUAAAUCAUGGAUGAAAUCUGUUCCAUGAGGCUUGAGAAGACUUAACAACAGUACAUCAUGGCCUGUUUCAUUGUCUGUGGGAGUUUCUGUUCCCUCUCUGCCUGUCUGAUAUUCUUGUAUAAUUAUUUUUUUAUAACGCUCAACAUUGUGAUUGAUGGGAUUUGUAGCAAGACUGGAUGGAUCAUAGUACCUCUCAAAAUGCAGAUGUCUUUGCUGAGGCACAUGUUAGUGAAGACCUCACAGUAAACCAGAGUUGGGAUGUGAGGUCUGAUGUAUAUUUGUGUUUUUCUGCACCUUCUGCUUUGGAGAGAAACUGGAUUUAUUUCUGGAUGCUUGUUUUUGAGAUGGAGGUUUAAAUAUGCAACAAUAAACAAAGUCUCUGAUG